CUCUCAGUUGAGGUAGGGUGUCGCUGCGCCUGCUCCGUGUUAGGGUCCAUGUGACGAGUGCUGCCUAACUUCCGCCGACUCACAAAGCUUAGUCUGCCGCUCACUGGCCGGUGUUUGUUCCUUAAAUAACGUGUGGCAUUUUAAAAUAUUUAUUAGUGUGUGAAUUUUAGAAAUUUCAUGAAUAGUUUGUCUGCAGUUAAUGAUUCUAGGCGUGAAUUUGUUGUGAACGGAAAUGAAGAUAUAACGAGUUCGGUUCAUUAGGACAGUGUUUCACGUGACGAAAAUUUUUGCCAGCGGUGAAAAGUGCCUGGUUUCGAGAUGGUGUCUGGAGUCUACCAUAGCAGAUCUACCUCUUCAUCUAGCAUGGGGAGCAUCUACUCACCUACCCACGUUCAGAAAAGCAAUGGUAGAUUCGAUCGAACAGUUUCAUACCAACUCUACCAGCGCGGUCAGCAACGGCCGCUGCAUUUAGAUUCUACCAACUUAGACUACUCGAAGCAACUACACGUAGAGACGUCGGUAGAAUACGAUCUACCCUCCCACAUCUACCCUCCGAAGGAUGCUGAACCUAUCCUCAUGAUCGACACCGAAUUUCAUAGAAAGAAAAAGAGGGUUAAAGCAAGUGCUUCUACUUCGCUUAGUUUUUUAGCUGGUGGUUCCCAGGCUGGAACCAGGAUCUCUAAUGGUACCAGCAGCACUAGUAGCACCAGCACCUACUGCACCAGGAGUACCAUUGAUGGUGAAGAUAAUGAACCAUGUUUCUGCCAUGGCUGCAGGCUAGCAAUCAUCACGGGGAAUGUCACCAGCAGACGACAAACUAAUUCCUCAUCAUCUCAUCCCCAACCUAACAUCCCCUCAUUCCCAAGUACUUCAGCGUACGCCCCCCGCAACCCCAAGGGGUGCAGCAUACCUAUAAUCACGGUUGACUCCCCAACCCUUCCCCCCGCUAAACCAACCCCGGUUCUCAAAUCCACCAAGAAAUCCAAGGCGGUUACAUCGGUUGAAGCCAAUAUCCAAGAACUACACCAGCGGUACCAGCAGUACCAGCAGCUACCACAACCUACAUCACAGCUACUCUACCCGCUACCACCGCCUUCAUACGCUACCGCCACCGCUACCACCAACCUCUAUGCCUUCGCUGGUACCAGGACCGCAUGUACCACAAACCUGUGCCAGAACGCGAUGUGUACCACAUGUACCACACCAAUGGUAGGUGCGGGACCACCAGACCUGGUACCACACGCUAUCGCCACGGCCCACAUCGUCAGGUCCCGAGGGUCCCCCAAGCUACGUACCAGAAGGCACCUACCAGCAAGUACCAACACCCAUCUCCCCCAGUACCUUCGUAGACCGCGUGCCAACACCAUAGGCCACGCGAGUACCACUCAACAAGUACCAAUCACCACCACCACCAUCACUACCACCAGCUACUUACCGGACCCCAAGAUCACCACCCCUGGCAAGCCCCCCCGCGACACCCCCUCCCUGCUACCCCGCGACACCCCCUCCCUGUUAUCCUGCGGAGGUCCUGCGCUAUUAUCCUGCGGCCCGGAGUCUGCGGUGCGGGGACUUACAAUAUCCGCAGGCAGGGGGGCGCCCCCCACCCCCGCUGUACCCCAGCGGGGGGCGUACAGCCUCGACACCCGCGUGGGGGACACGGCACAGCUCUACCCCACCCCCAUCACCCCCGCCGACCUCACCGUAGAUGGAGAUUACUACCAGCGAUUGACCACCGCACAAAUGGACACAUCCAUCAGCCAACUCAUCGAUGGUCAUACGUCUCUAGCGGCCACCAGUGACGACCCCUCGUCGUCCAUCACGGCCAUCAUGUCCACAAUGUUCGCCACGCAAUCAUCCGACUUGCGACUUUUCCUACAAAACGAGGACGACAGCUCAUCCAGAUAUGCACGGCAGCGGUUAAACCCUUCCACUUUGUCUAGAAACCUUACGUCUUCAGCCAGAAACCUUUCAUCUUCCUCUAGAAACCUUUCAUCGUCAUCUAGAAACAUUUCUUCGUCAGCUAGGAACCCAAAUCCUGAACCAAUUUCCCUGCAGACCUACCAUAGGAUCCCUUCUAACACUCGUCCAGAUUCCGCGACCUCCGCCAGUUCGUCCGGGACUUCUACCCCCUCUUCAGCGCGUCCACACGUUAUGUCCUCAGUUGUGGGACCUGGCAGUCCCUAUCCUGCGGGGAACUACUAUAAUUCGAGGGAAUUUUCGUCUUUUUUUGAAGGGAAUUUUGCAGCUGCUUCACCGCAUUCCCAUUCCAGUGGAUCCCUGUUCGCAGCCCAACCUUUGUCCCAUGUCGGCAACGUGCUGGGGGUGUCCACUCCUCCGCAGUCCACUAUCCCUUCCACACCCUCAACCCCGGGGUCUAAUACCUUUUUUACAACCAUGUACUCUCAUCUGAACAACCAACCGAUCUACAAUCUUGUUUAUUAGACCACUCAAACCCCGCUCUAUAGACCACUCCUACCUCUCCGCUAUUUCGACCAUAUUCAUCUUCCAUGUUUUUCUGGUUUUCGGGUUAUUUUAAACCAGUUUUUAGGUUGUUUUAGCAGUUAGGAUUGUUUUUAGCAAUGAUUGUGGGUUGAAUAAUGAAUAUGUCCCAAUAAGAAGGGUUGUUGAUGGUUGUGUGAUUCUGAGUGGUUCUGACAGUGAAUCACGUUACAAAAAUACAGGAAAUGAAUAGCGUCAAGUUUUAAAUCGUGACAUUUUUGUAUGAGCAUUUUUAUUCGAUGAUUUUCUUAGAAUCGCAUUGCUAAUC